GUGCAGUGUGCAAGCACCUUAACACUGAGCUGAUUGUGGAGCAGAAGUCAAUUUUAAUCGGAGAGAAAAACUUUCCUAAAAAUAAAAAUGAGCAGCACAGAUCAACCUGUUCUUCUGGCCGCAGUGUCCGUGAUGUCAGCCUUCCUCCUGGGGUUCCAGGCCAGGCGUGUCGGCUGGUCCAGGAUGAAGCAUAAAAUUAUGCCCCCUGCAGUGAACGGGCCCCCAGAGUUUGAGAGGACUUUUCGGGCACACCAGAAUGGAGUGGAGUUUUUUCCCAUGUUUCUGGUGGUGCUGUGGGCAUCUGGACUGUUUUGUAAUGAAGCUUUAGCUGCGCUGGCUGGACUGGUGUAUAUUGUGGGCAGAGAGAUCUAUUUUACUGGCUAUUCGAAUUCAUCCAGAGGGAGAUUACCAGGAUUUUACCUGAUCAUAGUUGUUAUGCUCACCCUGACUGUGACAGCUGCUGGAGGCAUCAUUCUCUCACUCCUGGAUAAAUAUCUCAACAUCAAAUUGUUCUCCAGGUCUAAAUAAAGACUUCUUGUCAUGAGCUCAUUUUGCACUAUUGAUAGCAAGGCAAGGCAAGUUUAUUUGUAAAGCACCUUUCAUACAACGAGGAAAUUUAAAGUGCUUUACAAAAAGAUUUAAGAAAUACAGAAUACAGAACAGUUUAAAAAGAAAGUUACAAAACAAAUAAUUAAAAGAAUAAAAAAGAAUAAAAAGUGAGAACAAAAAGAAGUAUAAUAAAAAUAAUGAACAUGAAAUUUAAGACUUAUUUAAGAGGAAUUAAAAUAAAUGAAAAUAUAAAUAAACAAAGGACUAAAAGUCUGCAAGAGUACAGCAAGUUAAACAGUUAAGCAGAGGUAAAUAAAUAUGUUUUUAGCUUGUUCUUAAACAAGGUCACAGUCUGAGCACACAUCACAUCUUCUGGGAGUUUAUUCAAGCUGACCGCAGCAUAAUGGCUAAAGGCUGUUUUGCCAUGUGCCUCUACAGAUCUGAGUAGUUUAAUAGAGCCUGUACUUCUCCGGUAUAUCAGAAAUGUAAGCCGGUCCAAACCCAUUUUAUUCUUUGUAGACGAGGAGCAGUAUUUUAAACUCUAUUCUCCAGCUUAUCGGGAGCCAGUGUAUUAAUAUUAGCACUGGACUGAUGUGGUCCUGCCUCCUUGUCAGACUUAUGUGGACUGAAUAAGCUGCAGUUGUCUGAUACAUUUUUGUGAGGGCUGGUGAUGAGGCCGUUAAAGUAAGCUAAUCAACUGAAAAUAAAGGCGUGAAAGAGUUUUUCUAGAUCUUCUGCCCUUAUUAAGUCUCUGAAUCUUGCUAUGAUUUUCAAGUGGUAAAAGGCUAACUUUGUAAUAGAUAUGAUUGUUAAAACUGAGCUCUGAAUCACUUAAACAGACAUGAAGUAACAGAUUCACAGAUUUUAGAUUCCAUUGUAAACUAAGAUCGAAAUGCCAGCUUUGACUCCAUUGUUUACAAAAUGAAAAAAUAAAAUAACUAUUUACUCAUAA